CUGCCUUGCCUGCGUGAAAAGAUUCCAAGAUUCAUGAUUUAUUUUAAAUAAUAAUAAUACCCGGCCACAUCGAUGCACAAAAUGCGCAGCAUUUUGAGACCACCCAACUGCCUAAAUACUCUCAAAGUUGACAACUUUAUUCAAAGAUUUUUAGCAAAAAAGGUUAAUAAGGUUGAGGUUGUUGAUGUGGGAAAGUGAGAAUGGUGGAAGAUUUGAUCAGGGAAGGGAGAUCUUUGGCUGAAACGCCAACAUGGGCUGUUGCUACUACUAUUACUUUCAUGGUCUUUGCUUGUUUGUUGGUUCAGAGAUCAAUUUACAGAUUUGGGAAGUGGUUGAAGAAGACUAGAAGGAAGGCUCUGUUAGCUUCUUUAGAGAAGAUCAAAGAAGAGCUUAUGCUUCUUGGACUGAUAUCUUUGUUAUUGGGGCAAUGGGCACACCUGAUCUCACAGAUCUGUGUGGAUUCGUCACUCUUCAGCAGUAAAUUCUUUCUUUGCUCCAAAGAAGAUUUCGAGAUGGAUAAAAUGGUCGUUUUCAAAAGAUUACUAUCCUCCUUUUCAAACGAAACUGAUAUACCUCCCGAAGGCCUACAUGCUCAUCCUUCUCAUCAGUGUGGCGAGGGACGAGAACCGUUUGUUUCUUAUGAAGGUCUUGAGCAGCUUCAUCGAUUCUUGUUUGUUCUCGGGAUAACUCAUGUUCUCUAUAGUUGCGUGUCGGUUGGUUUAGCCAUGAUCAAGAUAUACAGUUGGAGGAAAUGGGAAUACCAAGCUAGCCAAUCGGCCCCCGAAAACCUGCAAGCAAGGAAGAUAAAGGUGAUGAGACGCCAAGUUACUUUCAUUAAGCAUCAUGCAUCUCAUCCAUGGAGCAGGAGUCGGAUUCUCAUAUGGAUGCUAUGCUUUCUAAGACAAUUCAAAAGUCCAAUGCAGAAGUCGGAUUAUCUGGCAUUGCGGUUAGGUUUCAUCACCACUCAUAACUUGCCGCUGUCUUAUAACUUCCACAACUAUAUGGUCCGAAGCAUGGAAGAUGAAUUUUAUGAAAUUGUGGGAAUUAGCUGGCCACUUUGGGGAUAUGCCAUAAUAUGCAUCUUUGUAAACAUUCAUGGUCUUAACAUUUACUUCUGGAUUUCUUUUGUCCCCGCGAUUCUAGUGUUACUGGUGGGAACAAAACUUCAGCAUGUUGUGUCCUUGUUGGCACUUGAAAUAGUAGAACCACGUGGCCCGUCUGUUGGAGGAACUCAAGUGAAGCCGCGUGACGAGCUUUUCUGGUUCGGUAAACCCGAAAUACUACUGCGGUUGAUACAGUUCAUCUCCUUUCAGAAUGCUUUUGAGAUGGCAACAUUCAUCUGGUCUGUGUGGGGAUUCAAACAACGGUCGUGUUUCAUGAAGAACCAUGCAAUGAUAAUUAUUAGGCUGACUUGUGGGGUUCUUGUUCAGUUUUGGUGUAGCUACAGCACUGUGCCGCUAAAUGUUAUCGUCACACAGAUGGGUUCUCGGGUCAAGAAAGCUCUGAUCGCAGAAAGCGUUCGUGAUUCACUUCACAGCUGGUGCAAACGAGUAAAAGAGAGAUCAAGAGCACUUCAGUCAGUCGCCACACGGUCAACAUGUUCUCUCGGGUCAACCAUUGACGAGGGCGAUGAAGUGAUUACAGUUGCAUCAGGGACUUUGUCUCAAUCAUCCUCCACAGGCACCCUUAACCACCUUGAUGAUCAGCAGGACUCCAAUCCUCUGCCAGAACAAGAACUAUCGUUCCGCAUGUCCGAAUAUUUGUCGGAUACCAUGAGACAUGUGGCCCCAAAUGAGGACAUUGAAGAGGAAGACAAUGAUGAAGGUAAAGUUGAAACUCUUGAAGAAUUGUUUCAGAAACAUGACCAGAAGUGAAACUUGAAGUUGUUCAACUGUAUCUUGUGUACACUGUUGUGGGAGUUUAUGUUUUGUAAGGCUACUUUAGUAAUUAACUAUAAAGAAAUAAAAAAUAUAUUGUGGACUUA